CGGACCCAGGACAAGAAGAGCAGCAUGGCCGAGACAAGCGCUGCGGCCGCCAUGGUGCUGGAGCAAGCGUACAAAGCGAUUCGGACGACGCCGCCCGAGGCCGUCGACGUCGAGAUGAGCGAGAAGCUCCAGGCGUACAUGGACGAGCACUUCCCGAUGGAGGUCGAGAAGAACAUCCAGCGCCGGACGAUCAUCUUGGGCGAGCUCCGGAGCAUCUUCCGCGCGUGGGUCAAGGACGUGUGCUUGAAGCGCGGUCUCCCAGAGGAGAUUGCGAACGAAGCCGGUGGCAUCAUCCUCGUCUCGGGCUCGUACCGGCUCGGCGUGAACGAGCCGGGCGCGGAUAUCGAUACGAUCUGCGUCGCGCCCAAGUUUGUGACCCGCGACGACUUCUUCUCGUCCUUAAAGGACAUCCUUCUGAAGCACGCCAAGGUGACGAACCUCGUCGCCAUCGAAGGCGCAAUCGUGCCCAUCCUUACGUUUGAUUAUGAAGAAAUCAACAUCGAUUUGCAAAUUGCUAUUUUGGAGCGCAAUAGCAUCCCUGAGAACCUGAACGUGCUCGACGACAACAUCCUCGUCGGCGUCGACACGCCCACCGAGAAGAGUCUCAACGGCCCGCGCGUCACGGAGCUCGUCAUCAAGCUGACGCCCAACCGCAGCAGCUUCAUCGCCGUGCUUCGCAUCGUGCGCCGCUGGGCCAAGAAGCGCGGCCUCUACUCCAACAAGAUGGGCUACCUCGGCGGCGUCAACUGGUGCAUCCUCGUCUGCUUCAUCAACCAGCUCUACCCGACAGCCGCGCCAUCGACGCUUCUCCUCCGCUUCUUUAUGAUCUUGACCAACUGGAAGUGGCCGCUCGCGAUCCAACUCUGCAAGACGCACGAUGCACACCUCGGGCUCGAAGUCUGGAACGCCAACGUGGGAGGCAACAAGUACCAAGUAAUGCCGAUCUUGACGCCGGCGUACCCGUCCAUGAACUCGUCGUACAACGUGUCGGUGCACUCGCUCAGCGUCAUGAAGGAAGAGUUCAAGCGCGGCCUCGAGGUCGUCAAGACCAUCAUCAAGGACGGCGGACGCGACUGGUCGGCGCUCUUUGAGCCGUCGCCCUACUUUGUCGACCACCAGCACUACCUUGCGAUCGAGAUCUACACGAGCAACGUCGAGGACCAGGCCGCGUGGUGCGGCUAUGCCGAGUCGCGUCUGCGCAAGCUCGUCGACAGCCUCGCGUACUACAACCCGCAGCUCUGCCGCCUCCGCGUGCACCCGAAGAAGUUUCCGCUCUGCUUUGCGUCCGACCCUGACGACGAGAAGCACGGCGGCGCGUACUUUUUGGCGUUUGACGUCGACAAGCUCAAGCUGCGCAACUCGAAGGAGAUCCACCUCAACGGCGCGGUCGACGACUUCAAGAUGAACAGCCUCUACCGCUGGCCCAAGCGCGUCGACGGCAUGGACGUCAAGAUCACACCGGUCGUGUGGAAGAACCUCCCCGAGUUUGUGUUUGAAGACAUUGGCGGCAAGAAGAUUGCCAAGGAGAUGCGCCAGAAGCUGCUCAAAAAGAAGAAGGAGGACCUCGCCAAGCUCGAGGAGCUCGCGGCCGCCGCGCUCUCGUCGCCAACCAAGGCGGCUGCGCAAGCCACCUCGGAGGCAUCGCAAGAGACCGUCGUGCCCGACGACAAUGACGAGGCCGCGAACGCGACGCCAGAAGAGUCGACGGUCGAGGUGGCCGCCGCCGAGGUGACGACGACGGACGAGUCGGGCCCGCCGUCCGAGGCGACGUCGCCGACGCCAGCGCCCACGGCGCCGCCCGCCACCGUCAAGCGGUCGCUGGAUGCAGCGAUGGCGGCCGCCCCCGAGCCCUCGCCGCCGACCGAGCCGGUCAUGCCCGUGGCGUCGCCGCCGAAGCGCAAGAAGAUGAAGAUCUCGUUCACCAAGUAACCCCACAGAAAAUAACUUAUAAAAACAAGAGACGCGUGGCAGCCUGAAACCGGU